AAGCGCGCUCGGGUGCGCGGUCACGUCGACUAUUUAUUUAUUUAUUUAUUUUGAAUAUUCCCAAGAGGAGACCACCGGGCAACACGGCGGCACCAGCUGGUCUACGAUUCAAGUAUUCAUUCAACAUGACGGACGAACAAGAAAUCAUGUGCAAGUUAGAAAACAUCCUGGAAGUACGGAACAAAACGGUCCAAAUGCAGAAGAUCAAGUCUCGUCUGAAGAUUGAGUUUGAGGCUCUGGAGUCUGAGGAGAAGCAUCUAAAAGAGUACAAGCAAGAGAUGGAUCUCCUCCUGCAGGAGAAGAUGGCACAUGUGGAGGAGCUCCGGCUCAUCCAUGCAGAUAUCAAUGUGAUGGAAAGCACAAUCAAGCAGUCUGAAAAUGACCUGAACAAGCUGUUAGAAACAACUCGCCGCCUGCAUGAUGAGUACAAGCCUCUGAAGGAGCAUGUUGAUGCCCUGAGGAUGACUUUGGGACUACACAGACUCCCUCACCUCAAUGAAGAAGAGGAGAAACUUUCCUUGGAUUACUUUGAGAAGCAAAAAGCAGAGUGGCAAAAGGAGCCACAUGAACCGGCCAUCCCAGAAUCCCUUGCUGCCGCUGCAGCAGCGGCACAGCAACUUCAGGUGUCCCGGAAACAAGAUGCCCGCCAGACGGCCACCUUCAGACAGCAACCACCCCCCAUGAAGGCUUGCCUGUCGUGCCACCAGCAGAUUCACCGCAAUGCUCCCAUCUGUCCCCUCUGCAAGGCCAAAAGCCGCUCGCGCAACCCAAAGAAGCCCAAGAGGAAGCCGGACGAGUAGAUUCUUUACUCUAUUUACUGCAAACUGGCCCAGUGUGCUGAUCCUGAAUCAGUCAUACACACAGAAAUGCCAGAACUACGUGUUAGGAAGACUCCCACACACUUCGACUAUACACAUUACUAGUACUGUACCUUAUUCGAUAUCAGUCUACCAUUGAGCCAGGAUUGGGUUAUAUCUACAGUACGUUGUGUGUUCC